GCUUUGAAUCGAAUGUACUCGGAAGCCCUCGACUCUGGCCUAACCAAAAUCGGAGUUAGUCGGCUAUCUCCGAACGUAAGACUGAGGCGCUGAGGCGCUUGGGUUUUUGGGGCUGCUCCGGGACCGGAAGUGCGUGGGCUGCCGGGCUGGCCCUGCUUAUGGUUUUCAGGAAACAUGGAAGCGGCGGCGACAGUUGGGGUUUAAGCACUUUGUGACGGUCUCCAGGUGCCCUGUGAGAGGAAAGGGGAGGAUGCCACUGGAAUCAUCUUCCUCUUCGAUGCCACUAUCCUUCCCUACUCCCUUACCCUCAGUACUAGACAGUAUUACUAACUCUUCCCCACCCCCAAUGUCUUACAUCACUUCCCAGGAGAUGAAGUGUAUUCUUCACUGGUUUGCCAGUUGGUCAGGUCCCCAGCGUGAACGUUUCCUACAGGACCUGGUAGCUAAGGCAGUGCCGGGAAAAUUACAGCCACUGCUGGAAGGUCUGGAGCAGCUUAGUGUGUCUGGAGCAAACCGACCGCCUUGUAUCUUUGAGUGUCAGCUACGUCUUUGGGAUCAGUGGUUUCGAGGUUGGGCUGAGCAGGAGCGCAACGAAUUUGUCAGGCAGCUGGAGGUCAGUGAGCCAGACUUCGUGGCAAAGUUUUACCAAGCCGUGGCUGCUACAGCUGGUAAAGAUUGAUGGGCUUUAAAAUCAAAGAAGAUAAUCAUAUCUGAUGGAGCUGCAACUUUACAGUGAGAACUUCAAAUAUGUCACUUAACAGUCUAGGGAUGGUAUCCUGAUCAACUGACUGACCUUGUUGACCAGGACAGGCUUGGUUAUUUCAACUUUAAUAGCCUAUCAACUGGACUCCCAGCAGAAAUGUUUUCCAUCUAAGUAAAUUCAGAUCAGUCAGCCUCCUAGCUUGCUCCUUUCUACAUGUCAAACCCUCAAGAACUCAAUGGCUUCUUUUGCGAGUAUAACCAAAAGGAACCUACAUAUUAUAUAACUCAAGCCUAUUGCUGGCCCAUGAGGCUAUAAAGUAGAGCCUUCCUGCUCCAGAAACAGGAGAGAAGGACGAUAAAAGGUCACGUUUUUAUAGUUUAACUGGAUUCAGAUGGCUGAUUUCACCACUCUUACCAGAUUCUGGCAUAAUUGUGUGACAUCCCAUCUAAGCUUCCCUAGUGAUGAUUUUGUAAAAGUAUGUAAAAGUCAGGAGAGGGAGAUAAUUGUUACUCCUUCCAUGCUGACGUUUGUUUGAAUCCAAAUAGCAAUGGCUUUUUCUAAAGCAUAUUGUGAUAUCCUUGGAGCUGGUAACAAAUACCUGUUCUGUAAGUUUGCUCUCCAAUAUGAAAACAAGUGACACUCUUUAUAGGUUGAAGUGUUUAUUUUUUGUAUCAAAAUAAAGAAUCUUCAGAACCAUAA